AUAGAUUGCGCUGCGCACGCGUCGGCGGCUGACUCCUGCGCUCAAAGGAUCUAUGGAUCGUUCCUAAUUUAAAAAUACCUUUCGCGCAUCCUAUCCCGCUCUAAUGGGCGUGUGUGACAAGGACACCCUACUGUCAUAGUGAAUUGUUUGUGAUAAUGUGGUUUUCAGUGAUUGUUUUAUUUGUGUUUAUUUACCGGGAUGUGUGUGCUGAUCCUAUGACCCUCGGCGAGGACGUUAUCCAGCUGUGCUGCAACCAAGGCACCAGAUACGCCAGGAACCACACGAAAGAAGAAUGCUCGUCUUCCAUACACCCAGAUGUGCCGUCAAAUUACGUAUUGUACUGUAUAUAUGCUAUGGACAAGUGCUGUGGCAGUUACCACGAGAAAAAGAGAGAGUGCGACUCUGCGAUUGAUAUAGCAUCCAGUUCCAACAGCUGUGAUAGCGCUUCACCUUCAUUACGAAGAUGCUGUGAAGAAUGCCUUCGAGGAUCUUCAGCCGGCAACCGUGACGAAGCAGAAUGCGAAGCUACUGUCUCCGGAGACAGUGCUGAGGAGUUGCUCCCAGCUGAAGCGUUCACCAAAUGUUGUAAGAAGGCUGUUAGAGAGAAGACACAUGAUAAAUAUAUAGCAUCGGCGCCUGAUGCUGUAGCCUUGUCAAGACCUACCGAAGCUAUCCCAUCCAUUUGCGAGGACUACGCCCCGAACGAGCUGUGUGCCCACCACUGCAUCCCCGUGCCAGGGUCCUAUAAAUGUGAAUGUAACCCUGGGUUCAUGCUGAUGUCAGACGGGAGAAAUUGUAUUGAGGUUGUGAAGAAUCGUUGUAAACCAAGGAAUCCCUGCCAACACAAAUGUAACGACAAUGGAAUCGAAGUCAAAUGCUCUUGCAGAAGGGGAUACGAGCUGAUGCCUGAUGGAAAGUCAUGCCAAGAUAUGGACGAGUGUCUCCUGAACCCACCAGUCUGUCACCCUGACGAUGAGUGCGUCAAUGUGAAAGGCUCCUACAAAUGUAUACCGCCAAAGAAGAACGUCACCAUGGAAAAAGGACUCUGUCCACCCGGCUUUGCGAAGAACAUAAAAAACAGCGCUUGUGAUGAUAUCAACGAAUGUGCUUUACCACACCCGCCGUGCCCUUCGUACCUUUGUCAGAACACGAUCGGGGCAUACAAAUGUGGGGGGGUGACGGGGAAUCCCAUCAACCUGUCCAGCACCACGAGGACGCCAGUGGAAGACAGAUGCCCGCCAGGUUUCAGAGCUGGCAUCAAUGAAGAGUGCGAGGAUGUAGACGAAUGUGCAGUUCAGAAACACGACUGCAACACAAUUUCUCAGUUCUGUAUCAACACCCGGGGAUCCUUCUACUGCCAGGACAAAGCCUCCAAGCAUUGCCCGCCUGGGUUCAAAAUUGAUACCAGGACAAAUAAAUGCGAAGAUAUCGACGAAUGCGAGGAUAGCACAGACAUUUGCCGACCAGACCAAGUCUGCGUGAAUCAACUUGGACAAUACGAUUGCAAGUCAAGAUUUGAUGAGAUGAAAAACGGUAAAUGUCCGGAUGGAAUGAGAAAAAAGCCGGGGAGUACAAUAUGCGAAGAUAUCGAUGAAUGCGUGGAAGGCACCCACCUAUGUGAUCUCCAUCAGAUUUGUUUGAACACUAAUGGAAGCCAUGAAUGUCAUUGUAAGCUCGGCUUCGAGUUGGAUAUCACGACUGGCGCGUGUAUGGAUGUGAACGAGUGUGCAACAGGCCAACACAACUGCAUCCCAGAGUCCCAACGCUGCGACAACACCGUGGGUUCCUACCUCUGUGUCAGGUUCCUGUCGUGUGGCACCGGCUAUAUUUUGCAUCAUGCCACUGGUGUUUGCGAAGAUAUUGAUGAAUGCUCGCUUGGUACUCAUAACUGCGCCAGAGCAGGAUCGCAAUACAGUUGUGUUAAUAUACCAGGAUCAUUCAGAUGUGUCAGAAAACGAUCUUCCACAACAACUACCACGCCUCUGCCGGAGUAUGAAUAUGAAUACUAUGAUUCUGAGGAAGAAGUAAAUGAAACAAAUUCCGCGUCUUCACCAAAGCCUGAUGAAGUGAAACCAACGUCAAGCACAUCAGAAACACCAACUCCUCCACCACAAACUACAUCAUCAACAAAGAUCUCAGAACCCGCUCCAACACCAGAACAACCUAAAUUAGUAAUUCUUGAAAGAGAACCAGAAAGCCCAGAUGAUAGGACAAAUGAAAUCAUUCCCCCUCAACCUAAAGAUGAGAAUACUUCACCCAAUUAUGAACAAAAGCAAGAAACUACUCCAACUCAAACAAUAGUGCAAGAACCAGAAAGGCCUGAAACUACAACCCAACCAACCCCAGAAGAAAGGCCGAAUCAAUUUGACCCUAACAAAAACGAGGAACCAGAUCAAACAAGACCUAACGAACCAUACCCUUCACCGCCAAAUCCCAUUGAACCUUCACCAAAUAAUGGUCCAAGAACUGAAACAGGUUCUCAACCAACAGAAACAGAAAAUAGAUCAACUACACCUAAAAUAGUUGAUGUUCGCGUUGGUGAAAAGACUGCAGAAGUAGAUGGAACUGUCACUAAAGAUGGAGCUGUCGUUGUUGAUACGAACAAUGUGCCCAAGAACGAAUGGACCAAAAUUAAUGAGAAACCUAUCACGUGUCAAUACGGAUUUGAGCUCAAUGACUUCGGUGCAUGUUUCGACAUCGACGAAUGUGCGACAAACCGUCAUAGCUGCUCCGGCCUAACUGAAGUCUGCAUUAACACCAUGGGUGGCUACGUCUGUGAAUGUGCCGAUGGAUUCCGCCGAGACCUCAUCACUGGAGCCUGUGACGUCAUACCGUUACCGACGACUACAUCUUCAACUACAACAAGUACUUCACCACCGACUACAAGUUCCACAACGGAGCCACCUAAAUAUUUCUGGGGUUAUCCCGACUAUCGUCCCAGGAUCACGAGACCCUUCAGGCCUCGCUACUUGUGUGACGUUGGGUACCACCAUAAUUCGCAGACUGGGAAAUGCGAAGAUAUAAACGAAUGUGUGAACGGACAAGCCAACUGUGCAGCGAUUGAGAUUUGUGUGAACACCGAUGGGGGGUACCGGUGUGAUUGUCCACCUAACUGGAGACUGGACGAGGUCAGGCAGAGAUGUGUGCAAAUACGGAACACCACUAUGUUCCCGCCUGGAUAUGCCAAUGAACGGGAAUAUCCACCGACGAAUCCAGAAGAAACGAUAAGUCAUGGCGCUAUUGGUCAUCAGUUUGUAGAACCUGAAAUACACCAAGUGGAAGACAGGGGGUCGGUCAUCAAGUGUCCCUGGGGAUACAGACUGGGUGACGAUAACACGUGUGAAGAUAUAGACGAAUGCGCCACUGGUAUCGCCACGUGUGGUCCCCUGCAGAUUUGCACCAACUCGCCUGGUGGGUACUCCUGCAGCUGCCUCAAGGGUCACAAGCUGGUGGGAGACCACGAGUGUGUGGACGUGGAUGAGUGUCAGAUGGCUGGCAGCGUGCCAAUCUGUUCUCAAAACGCGGACUGCAUCAACACGGUUGGGUCAUACAAAUGCAAAUGUCACUCUGGAUUCAGAUCGGCACCGGUUAAUGAAAUGAUAUGCGUUGACGUGGACGAGUGUGAGGAAUCCAGGUCCGGAACCCUUUGCCAACAACAAUGCAACAACGUCUGGGGAACCUAUAGAUGCUCCUGCCAUAGAGGUUAUAGACUCAAUGCAGAUAAUAGAACCUGUUCCGAUGUGGACGAGUGUGAAGAGUUCAAAUCGAAGAUGCUGUGCGUUGGGCGCUGCCUGAAUGAGCCAGGAAGCUAUCGCUGUAGUUGCCCACCAGGGUACAGACUCGCUGAAGACAAGAGAAGUUGUAUCGAUAUCGAUGAAUGCGAAACUGGCGAAGCUCCUUGUGCCAGAGGCGGCUCCUACGGCAGCACCAGCGAUAUAUGUCAGAACACUAGAGGAAGUUACCGCUGCCAUCGUAUCGUUUGUCCUAAGGGAUAUUCAUUAGAAAACAAAAAUCGUUGCACGAGAACAGAGAAGCAUUGCCCCCACAACGACUGGGAUUGCUCCCAUCAGCCCCACACCUACUCUUACAAUUACAUCACCUUCGUCUCCAACCUAUACAUACCUGAGUCUAAGGUGGAUCUAUUCACGAUGCGAGGACCAUCCAAAUUGCCCAACGCUCAGAUGAAUUUCCAGCUCAAGCUCAUAGAUGUAAUAGCGCCACCGUCAGUCAAGGAAAAGGCAGACAUUAAUUACUUUUUAUUGGUGAAACAAAACGCUUACCAGGUAGCAGUGUCUCUGGUUCAACCGCUCAUGGGCCCACAAAGUAUAGAGCUGGAAUUGUCUAUGGAAUUAUACAGCCGGGAACAUUUCGAGGGUAUAGCGGUCGCGAAGUUGUUCAUACAUGUUUCAGAAUAUGAGUUUUAGAGCGCAGCAUAAAUAAUAAGAGCGUUUUUAUAUUUGAAUAAUACGUUUGAAAAUAAACAGAAACAGCCAAUAAUGGGCGUGCGAUAUUUAUUUUGAAGUCACACCAUUCACCGUAACGACGACGUUUUGCCGAAAAGUGUUUUUUAUAUCUCUAUUUACUCAAGGUCCCAACAUAACCUAAUUAUGUCAAACAGGACUUAAUUUACUGACUAUUUUAAUUCAAAUUUACUUAAAUAUUAUGUGGAACUAAAAAAUUUUUCGCUGAAAUUUCCUUUCGGUGAAAAGUGGUAAACUUUAGACCUGCAAUAGCAAAACUCGGCCACUCUUAUUAUUUGACGUUGAUUUUCAAAAGAUAGCGGCCAUAUUUGAGGUAGAUAUUAAAAGGUUUUCUGUUUAUUUUCAGCAAUUAUUUUACAUCAAACAUCUAUAAAUUUAUGUCAUAACAAUUUUUGUUUUUAAUAUAAUGUUUAAUACAUUAUAUUAAAAACAAAAAUUACUACUGUUCACGAUUAUUUCGACAUUUUACAAAAUGUUUAAAAAACGUAUUAUCUUACGGUUGUGAGUGGCUGUACUUAAAUGCUUUUUAAACAAUAAUAAAGAUUUUUAAGAAGUUUUUAUACAUUGAAUUUUUUUUAAUUGUUAUUGCCAUUUUAAUUUUCUCCAAAUUUUCAAUACAAGGUUUAUUUGUAAGUUAAAUAUUUGCAAGCUGUUUCUUGAAUUAAUUUGCUUCAACUUCCAGUAUUAUUACAAAAAUAUCAUGUAGUUUAAGACAUAAAGUUAAUUUAAGUGCAUAAUGUAUCUAGAAUCGUGCCAUAUUCAUUGUAAAUAAGAAAUUUAUUGUUAAUAGAAUGUUGUAAUUACACGUACCUAUUAUAGUUAUCCUGUAAUUUUAUCUGUCUACAACUGAAUAAUCGUGUAUUUUUGAUGAUUCAAAUACAAAAAUUAAACAAAUAUUAUAUAUAUCUAAUUAU